AGCUGAGCUUCACUUCUCAUAUUCCAUUCUCGUACUUGUAUUUAUUUCACAAGUUUACAUUCAUUUUAACAAUUUUAUAAUUAUCACCUAAGUUACCUCUCCCAUUCUCUUACAUCAUGCCCGCAAUCAAUACUGAGCUUAUUACCCGAGAGCUGCCGCAGCUCAUCACCCGGGAAAUGAGUAACAUGAGCAUCAUCAUGAAGAGGGAGGUUGACCACAGAGCGAUAGAAACAUUUCUCGUGGUAUUCACCUGUAUAUUUGGAGUCGGCGGCUGGAUCCUCUGGAUGGUCAAGCAAAAGUAGUUCAGAAACACAAGCGACGAGAUUCUACAAACUAUCGACCCCUAUUCAUGCAUGAGAAUACGGCUCGUCAACCCCCCCGCCGCGCUGAGUGCAGGAAGAUGAUAUACUAUUGAUACCCAAAUACAUAAGAACAUCGAGGCUACAGGCGAGCAGAUGUACCGGUAUAUAUAAGUCUCAUUAUGAGGACUUUUUUGAGAUAUC